AUGGCAUCAGAAAUCGAAGGCCUGUGGGUCCAAAGGCCAAUCGACUAUGUCAGCAGACCCGAGGCAGACUACACCCUCUUUGAGCUGGCCCGCGGCAACCUGACAGAUGCACUGGACGGCCAUGCUAUAGCCACCGCAGCCGCCGCCGCCGCAGCCGCCAGCCAGCAGGGCGACCUUGGCUGCAGUGCAGAGGCAGCGGCACCCCACAUUCCGUGCAAGCCGCGGCAACAUGCGGCAACAGCAGACGCGAAGGUGGAGCAGAACAAGCGGCGAUCGAAGCUCAUGCCUGUCCGGCGGCUGAUCGACGCCGUCUUCAGGCGCAGCAAGAAGGAGUCCAAGGCCCACCAGCCACCACAGCAGCAGCAGCAGCAGCAGCAGCCCGCCGAGCCCUACCUGCCCAUCCCCGCCGCCAAAGCCCUCGCCGCGGAGCUCAUCACCGCCGUCGGCACUGUCCACGCUGCCGGCAUCGUGCACCGCGACAUCAAGCCCGACAACCUGCUGGUGGCGGCGGACGGCCACCUGAGGCUCUGCGACUUUGGCUGCGCCGCGCCGGCCUCGCAGUCCGCGCUGGGGGAGGGCGGCACGCAGUUCUUCAUGGCGCCAGAGCAGUUCGUCAACUUUGACAGCUUCUGGGCCAACCUCAGCUUCGAGAUCCGCGCGCGCAUCCAAGACUUUGUGACCGGCCUGGGCUUCAAGCACGACAGCCGCCCCGCCGAUGUGUGGGCCAUGGGCGUGACCCUGUCUGCGAUGCUGCUGCCGCUGCCCGAGGUCACUGCGGCGCUGGCCGCUGCGCGCGCCGGCAAGAAGUGGGCGCCCGCGCCCGGCUCCGCCGCCGCGGCGCUGCCCGCCGAGCUGCGGGACCUGCUGUUCCGCGGCAUGCUGGCGCGGCGCCCGCGGCGGCGUCUGACGGUGGCGCAGCUCAAGGGCCACGCGUUCUUUGCCGGCGUCGACUGGGCGGCCGUGGAGGCGCGCGCGGCGCCGCUGCCGAUCGACCUGGUGGCGCUCGCGCGGCGCGGCCGCGAGGCCGCUGCGGCGGCGGCCGCCGCCGCCGCCGCGCCCAGCCCAGCGGCCGCCGUUCCCAUCGCCUGCGCGUGA